ACAACAGAUGAUAAUUCAUACAAGAUACAAGAAGAUGCUAGUGUGUCAUUUUCAUUUUUCCUCUUAAAACUAUAUAUUUGAGUGCUUAAUUACAACAAGUGCAUACAUUUUGGAGAUAAAUUUUUGUUCGCUAUGGCAAACGAUGAAGUUGUGUUGAAACAAUAUCUUUCUAAAUAUAAACACCGUGAUUACACUGCGCGAGAAGUAAUUAGUCUGAUUCAAGUGUAUCGUAGCCUCGUAUAUCGUUUAGAAGCCUUUGUGUUCAAUAAUGGCACUAGGAAGGAUUUACUCAAUCUCGAAGGCACGAUACCCGUAAAUUACAAAGGAGCUUUCUAUAAUAUUCCCGUCAGUAUUUGGCUUAUGGAUACUCAUCCACAAAAUGCGCCGUUGUGUUUUGUAAAACCUACACCUGAAAUGACUAUCAAAACAUCUAAAUGGGUUGACAGUAAUGGUAAGAUUUAUCUACCUUAUCUACAUGAGUGGUCACCAUCUGGUUCAACUCUACAACGUUUGGUUCAGUGGAUGAUAACAGCAUUUGGAGAGCUGCCUCCUGUUUACGCUAAGCCACGUAAUCAGCCUCGACCUCCGUACCCAUUUGAUCCAUUCAUGCCGCAGCCAUCAGGCUAUCCAUAUCCUCAAGUUAACCCUCAGCCAGGUUAUUCAACAGCUACUCCUUAUCCCACAACUUCAAAUCCAUUACCAUAUCCAAACUUUGGCACACCAUACCCUGGUUCAGUUAGUACUAAUGGUACACCUUAUCCUGCAGCCACCCCUUACCCACCAACAACCAAUUUUGGACCUGGUACUGAAGCAGGUGGUACCAUCACAGAGGAGCAUAUAAAAGCCUCAUUAUUAUCGGCAGUUACUGAUAAAUUGCGCAGGAAGUUAAAUGAACAGUCCCAGCAAUCACAGGCAGAAUUGGAAACAUUGAGGAGAACACAACAAGAACUAUGUGAAGGCAAAUCUCGUCUUGAAGAUAUCUUUACGAGACUGCAACGAGAAAAAGCAACACUUGAGAAGAAUUUAAGUACACUUCAAGAGAAAGAAAAAGAGUUGGAGGCUGCUGUAGAGAGACUUGCAGAACAGGAUGGCAUUGAAGCGGAUGAGGCUGUUGUAACAACUGCCCCAUUGUACUCACAACUUUUAAAUGCAUUUGCAGAAGAAGCAACAUUGGAAGAUGCUAUUUAUUAUAUGGGUGAAGCAUUACGCAAAGAAGUAAUAGAUCUGGAUACUUUCUUGAAGCAAGUACGUACAUUGGCUAGACGGCAAUUUACUUUACGGGCAUUGAUGCAUAAAUGUAGGCAAAAGGCUCAGCUAGCUUGCUAGUGGUGUCAAUGUUACAUACACAAUGCAAUGAUUACGUAUAUCACUAUCCAUGAUUGGAUUAACAAUGGCUUAUAAAAUACUGCCAUCAUAGAGGUAUGUAAAAAAAAAUUGU